AUGUCCCACUCUGCAAUUGCCUCUCUUUUUCACUCUCUCCGUCCCACGCCCGGCUCCCUCCAUCCCACACCCCGCUCCCUCCAUCCUACGCCCCGCUCCCUCCAUCCCACACCCCGCUCCCUCCAUCCCACACCCGCCCCCUCCGUCCCAAACCCCGCUCCCUCCGUCCCACACCUCGCUCCCUCCGUCCCACACCCCGCUCCCUCCGUCCCACGCCCGCCCCCUCCGUCCCACACCCUGCCCCCUGCAUCCCACACCCCACCCCCUCCGUCCCACACCCGCUCCCUCCGUCCCACGCCCGCCCCCUCCGUCCCACACCCCGCUCCCUCCGUCCCACACCCCGCCCCCUCCGUCCCACACCCCGCUCCCUCCCUACGCCCCGCUCCCUCCGUCCCACACCCCGCCCCCUCCGUCCCACGCCCCGCCCCCUCCGUCCCACACCCCGCCCCCUCCGUCCCACGCCCCGCCCCCUCCAUCCCACACCCCGCCCCCUCCGUCCCACACCCCGCCCCCUCCGUCCCACGCCCCGCCCCCUCCGUCCCACACCCCGCCCCCUCCGUCCCACACCCCGCCCCCUCCGUCCCACGCCCCGCCCCCUCCGUCCCACACCCCGCCCCCUCCGUCCCACGCCCCGCCCCCUCCGUCCCACACCCCGCUCCC